UUUAUAAUCAAUUUGUUAUCAGCUUUUGACAAAAGACAUAUAUUUAUUGAGCUUGGUAACCCUAAAAUUUCGUUUUAUAUUUUGACAUUUGCAUUGUUUCUAUAGAAUUUUUUUCUGCUUAUUUUGACCUAUUAAAGAAUUAAAAGGUCGGUAGCAGUCAAUAUUUUGUUUGGCUGAAAUAUUACGAACUGGGGGAAGAAAGAUUACGUAUUGUUUCCAAAGAAAUAAUACGAAACUUUUCUGUGACACUUUAUUUGGCGUUUUUGUGUAAACCAGUGAGAAGAAACAAGAAAAGUAUUGCUUCAUACGGGACAAAAUGCUUAGGAUAAUUGCAGUUCGUACAAGUACAUUUUCGGGUGUAAGCUUUGCAAAAGCGACUCGCGGUGUUUCACGUCUGCUGACGGUGACUGCAGCCAGGAAUUUAAAACAAUUCAGAUUAACACCAAAUAAUAUUAAAACAAAAAAAUGUCUUGGAGCCAGCAUGAAUUUUGUGCGAGCUUACAGCAGUUAUCCUCCUCAUAUUAAGGUUAACUUGCCUGCACUUUCACCAACGAUGGAAGUUGGCAACAUCGUUAGCUGGGAGAAGAAAGAAGGUGACAAGUUAAACGAAGGUGAUCUUCUCGCUGAAAUUGAAACUGAUAAAGCCACAAUGGGUUUUGAGACUCCUGAAGAGGGAUUUUUAGCAAAAAUUGUAAUUGCAGCUGGUUCCAAAGGUGUACCUGUGGGUAAACUUGUUUGCAUAAUUGUACAAGAUCAAAAAGAUGUUGCCGCAUUUAAAGACUUUAAAGAUGACAGCCCUGCAGGUGCAGCACCAGCAGCGGCAGCACCGGCACCAGCGCCAGCAGCUGCAGCACCAGCACCGGCAGCACCAGCACCGGCAGCACCAGCACCAGCAGCUGCAGCACCAGCACCACCAGCACCUGCGAAAGCUGCUCCCGCAGCAGCAGCUGCACCAGCCCCUGCGGCUGCCGCAGGUAUGACUGCUGUAGAACAGCGCGGCCCUCGAGUGUAUGCAAGCCCUAUGGCAAAAAAACUUGCAGAAACUCAAAAACUUCGUUUAGAAGGAAAGGGUAGUGGUGUUCAUGGUUCUAUUAAAUCAGACGAUCUUGGUGCUAUGAAAGCAGCAGGAGCAGCAGCAAAACCUGCUAAAGGUGCUGCUGCCGGAGCACCUGGAAAGAUGCCUCCAGGUGGUUAUAUUGAUGUUCCCGUUUCUAAUGUUCGCGCUGUCAUCGCUAAACGUUUAUUGGAAUCGAAAGUAACUAUUCCACACUACUAUGUUAGUGUAGAAUGUCAAGUUGACAACCUUCUCAAAUUCCGUGCUAAAGUAAACAAGAAAUAUGAGAAACAGAAGGUAAGAGUCUCUGUUAAUGAUUUUAUUAUUAAAGCUACUGCUGCUGCCUGUCGAAAAGUGCCUGAGUCAAAUUCAUAUUGGAUGGAAACUGUCAUGAGGCAAUUCGACUACGUUGACGUCUCCGUAGCUGUGUCUACUGAUACUGGUUUAAUUACACCUAUAGUGUUUAGCGCCGAUCGUAAAGGAGUAAUAGAAAUUUCAAAAGAAGUAAAAGCAUUGGCCGGUAAAGCACGUGACAAUAAGUUGAAGCCACAUGAAUUCCAAGGUGGCACUGUCACUGUUUCCAAUUUGGGAAUGUUCGGAGUUACCAACUUCUGUGCUGUUAUAAAUCCACCGCAGUCAUGUAUUCUAGCUGUUGGCACAACAUCAAAGAAACUGUUACCAGAUCCAGAUAACAUAAAAGGUUUCAGAGAAGUCAGCGUUAUGAACGUAACAUUGAGUGCCGACCACAGAACCGUCGAUGGAGCACUUGCAGCCCAAUGGCUAUCGCAUUUCCGCGAUUUCAUUGAAGAUCCCCAAACUAUGAUACUGUAAUUAAUUAAAUUGUUUCUUCUUAAGUAAAAUAAUAGAGCAUAUCCUGUGCACUAUAACGGCUAAGUUGAUAACUAAACACGAAUCUGAGAAUUUAAACCUUCGAAGAAGAAAUUUAUUUUUGUUUUUCCCUAAUUAGACCUAAACGAUUGUGAUUACUAAUUAAAUAUUGAUGAUUUAUUAUAAUUAAAUUUUUUUUUUCUUAGCAAAAAUAUAUUUUGUUUACUUAAUAUAAUUACUUUAAUUUUGUGUAAUGGCAAACUGCAUAUGUGAAAAUAAUCAAAUUUUUAACCAAUCAUAUAUAGUACACUUAGUACACUUAGUAACUGCCCAUAGAAAGAGCCAUCAAUCUUAUUGAUUAAUAAUUUUUUAUAUAUCAUUUUAAUUUUGUUUUUGUUUUCGUUUUGUCAUUCUUGUUAUAUAUUUUCUAUUUUUUAUUAUAUAUUUUAUUCCAACUUGUUUAUUAAUUGAGAAGGAAACACACAUAAGCGACGCAGUGUCAUGUUAUCGCUUCAUUUGCGAUAAUCUUUAUUGUUUUAACCUUUGCUUAAGUUGGAAUAACGACGGUAUAAAAACGAAACUCAUAUUGUUAAAUAGUUUUGGCCUGAAUAAAUGGAAACAAUAUUGUUUACGAA